AUGAAUACCUUAUUACAUAACAUAGCUGAAAAGAAUAAUCUAGGAAGUUAUUGGUUAUUAGGAAUAAAUGAUUUUAAUGGUAAAUUUCAAUUACGUGUUAUUGAACUUCGUGGUCAAUCAUUUCCUGAUCGUUUUCCAUGGCCACUUGUUUCAAUUAUUUCUCUUCCAUUAGCCUUGUAUCAAACUGAUACUGAAAAAAGUCAACUUGAGGUAUUAAUUUAA